UGAUGAAGGGUAGUUUUCAAUAGGAUUCCCGCCCACGAGCAGUAGUUUUUGUUGGAAAAGUUGAGAGAACGGGAUGGAACCUAUAUGCGAUUUUUGUCGAGGGGAAAGAGCGGUGGUUUACUGUAAAUCGGAUUCGGCUCGGCUUUGCUUGAGCUGUGAUGGGUGCGUUCACUCUGCGAAUUUGUUGUCACGUAGACACGCUCGUUCACUUUUGUGUGAGAUAUGCAAUUCUCAAUCAGCGGUAGUUAGAUGCUUGGAUGAGAAAUUGUCUCUUUGUCAAGAUUGUGAUAGGAACGGCAUCGGUUGCUCGAGUUUGGGACAUUGUCGAGAAGCAUUGAAUUCUUAUACAGAUUGUCCUUCUUUGGCUGAGUUUAGAAUAAUCUGGUCUUCGGUUCUCCGUACUUCGUCUCCCGCUGUUGUCGACGUUGAUGGGCCACUCGGUGCUUCCCCUGCUAAUGAAAAUUGUUUUGCUGACUGUUUGAAUCAAACAGAACAAGGGGGCUCAUUUGAAUUGGCUGGUACCAGCUUAAAUGAACUGGAUUCUUGUUCUGAGAUGAAGCCUAGUAUGGAGUUAACUUCUCUGAUAUCACCAAAUGCAAAUUACGUUCCUUAUUAUAGAGAUGGAGAACAUCUUUUUUCAGGCGAACCGAGUAUGCCAAAUGGUUAUUCUGACCUCAGAGAUUGCAAAGUUCCUGAUGGUUAUGGCCUAUGUGAAGUUCUCAACAUGAACGAUGUUCAACUAAGCUUCGAAACUGCUGAGGAGAUAUUUGUCUCUUCUCAAGGUCAAACUAGGUACCAGUUUGAGAAGAUAGGGACAGACUGCCUUAUAAUGGACAAAACUUUAUCAGUAACCAAAUUUAACGGUCCUAUUGGGAACAUGUUAGAGGCAUCACCAUCCGAACAAAAGGAGAUCCUGCCUUUUUCAUCCUCUCAAGUUGGUGGCUCAGCUAGUAUGAUGGCUUCCAUGACUGGCACUUCCAAUUGCAUGCUUAUGAAUCCGGAUUGUAACAGAAACAUCAAUCUGGGAUAUCCUGUUGGUCAAAUUCCUUCGAUGGCAGCUCUUCCACUAUCCAACUUUACAGGAAAAAAUAGCCCUUCUGAUUACAAAGACAGUGGAUUAUCUCCAGCUUUUCUAACUGGUGACUCCCGAUGGGAAUCAAAUUCAGAAGCUAGUUGGCCACAAGCUAGGGAUAAGGCAAAGAAGAGAUACAUUGAAAAAAAGAAAACACGAAUAUUUGGUAAGCAAAUAAGAUAUGCCUCCCGUAAGGCCAGAGCCGACACUAGGAAACGUGUGAAAGGCAGAUUUGUAAAAGCAGGUGAAGAGUGUGACUAUGAUCCUCUCGUUGCACGGAACUGCUAAGGCAGAUUAUGAAAGCUUCUGAUCAUGACGGAAACUAUAUAUGAAGGUACACAUCAAGGUGUCCAACUGGCUUUGAAGAACCUUGAAGUAAAACCUUUGGUGCAUAUUACUUCUGACUUAGACCCUUUUUUUCUUAGCUUUUGCCAACCAUCUAAUGUCUCCGUUGCACAAGGCAAAACCCUUGUUGCAAGUUAGUUUUUGUUAAUAUUAUUUUAUCUUUCGAACCGGUGCAAAACACGUGCUCCGUUCCAUGUAAUAAACAUUGAUCCUUGGUCAUCGAAUUGAAAUA